UCCUGCCUUGCUCAGCGUCUCUCAGGGACUCUCAGCCUGCUCUCCCUCUGUGGCCUCCUCCUUUGUGCUGACCAACUUUCUGCACUCGCAACAACAAUCAAGAACCAUGGCCCAGCAACAGCAGAUUAGCCUCCCAGCCAAACUGAUAAAUGGAGGGAUUGCAGGCAUGGUGGGAGUCACCUGUGUGUUCCCAAUUGACCUGGCCAAGACCCGCCUGCAGAACCAGCGCAGCGGGCAGCAACUCUACAAGAACAUGAUGGAUUGCCUAAUAAAAACAGUUAAAUCUGAAGGCUACUUCGGCAUGUACAGAGGUGCUGCAGUAAAUCUCACCCUGGUAACCCCUGAGAAGGCCAUCAAACUAGCCGCUAAUGACUUCUUCCGCCACCAGCUGAGCAGAGAUGGUGGCAGGUUGACGGUGUUCAAGGAGAUGCUGGCUGGAUGCUGCGCAGGAAUGUGCCAGGUCAUUGUCACCACGCCCAUGGAGAUGCUCAAGAUCCAGCUGCAGGAUGCUGGCAGGCUUGCGGCCCAGCAGCGAGUGGUGCCCAGCGUAGUCACAACUCUGAAGAUGGGGGGCACCAGUGCUGUUCUGAGCCGUUCCUACAACACCAGCCCCGCGUCUCAAGUCAUGCGAGUGUCCGCCACACAGAUCACCAGAGAGCUGCUGAGAACCAAAGGAGUCACAGGACUGUACAGAGGACUCGGAGCCACACUGAUGAGGGAUAUCCCAUUCUCCGUUGUGUACUUCCCUCUCUUUGCACAUCUGCACCAGCUCGGCCGGCGUUCAUCUGAAGACCCAUCUGUGCCCUUUUAUUGGUCCUUCAUGGCUGGCUGCCUGGCUGGAUGUGUUGCUGCUGUGACUGUCAGCCCUUGUGACGUGGUCAAGACAAGGCUACAAUCCAUCAAAAAAGGAGCUAAUGAAGAAACCUACAAUGGAGUGGUGGACUGUGUCAGAAAGAUCCUGAGAAAGGAGGGUCCCACGGCGUUCCUCAAGGGGGCUAGCUGCCGCGCCCUCGUUAUUGCCCCACUCUUUGGCAUUGCACAGGUUGUUUACUUUGUAGGAGUUGGAGAGUUCCUGCUGGGGUACACACCCUACAACAUCUACUCUGCAUAAACAAGCUGUUUCCUAUAGUCUUUCUGCUGCCUCAUUAAAUCACAGGCAGCUAUCUCUAUUACUGUGUACCUUCUUUAUUGUUGGAGGCCGUCAGAGUAAAACGCUAAAGGGACCAGAGAGAUGCCAUUUUGGUUCAAAAUAUUAUGCCUUUAGCAUAACUCAAUCUUAAGAGACUGAAACUUGCCUGUCUAAAUAGUGGAGAUAAUUGCAAGAAUAGCAAUGCUUUCCUCACUAAGGGACUUGAUGGUCCAACACUGACCACCAUUUCACUCAGAUUAGUCUCGACUCCAGUCAACCUGUCCCCCUGUUUUCUUUGAGUUAGCCCUUAUCCCUAAAUAUGCCCCACAUAAAUUGCCCUUCACUGUAACCCUAACCUGUGGCCCCUGGCCCAUCUUGGAGACCAGUAGGUGUGAUGGCUGUCACAUGAUUUUGCAAAAGAGACUUCGGAGUACGAAGGAGCAUCUACUGAGUAAUAAGAGUGUCAGAAUAUUGAAACAUUACUUGAAUAGCUUUAAUCCUGUUUUAAAGGGUUACAUGUGAAACUGGGCCAUUGGUGUUGUCUAUGUAUAUAGUGUCAAGCAGAUAUAAUUUGGUAAAUAACUUCUCUGACAAAACUAUUGUCAAGUAGUUUGGAAUGCAUCUGGAAAAUGGGCUGUUUCUGGGGUCAUAGCUUACGAACGAACAAACGAAACAUUUGGACUUCCUGUCCGGCAGUAUGCCUUACAGGGAUCCUUUCUUUUGCUUUCCGUUACAAGGAGUGAUUUUUCUGUGCUUUGAAUUGUUUGCCCAUCCUCUUUAUCCACACUGCUUUAUAGUCAGCCUCAAGACUGUAGCUCACCAUAGGUGCUUGCUGGUGUUUAUUUUUCACAAUCAUUGUGGUUGAGGUGUUGAGGGUUAUUUUUUUCACUGGGCGCUUUGGGUAAACUCUCUGUGGAAGCCUACUCUGUUUAUGUAACAUGCAAGCCAGAACUCCGCAGCUCAGUAAGACCUUCUGCGGCUAACUUUGGAGACCUGCUUUUCUGCGGAGAAGGAAAUGUUUGAUGGUAGUAAACUACUCCGAUGUCGGACAAGACCUCUAUGAAGGGAUUUGAUGUGCUUUUGGGACCAAGUCUUCUGGAAAAAGGUCUAACAUGACCUACACAUCGCCACUCUCUCUUUAGUUGCCUGUGGUUGUCCGUGACUGGUCUGUUGGAGAUACAGGAGCCCACACGAGUGUAUCAUAUCAGCCAUUUAGAAGCAGAGCAGAGUGCAAUGUUGCGCUGCACUCGCCCCCCCCCUCUGGGUCAGAGUACUUUUAACAGUGCUAUGUAAAUAUGUCUCUUGUAAUUUUUUUCAAUUUUCUCAAACUGUGCGAAGUUAAACUCAAAUUUUAACAUUUCAACAAGUUAAAAGUGUUUAAUCAGUUGAGAGGAUAAUUAUUUAUUUUUUAAGUUAAUUUUAGAAAUCCGUAUGUGAACACAGAUUUCUAAAUGCUGAAUAAAUAUUUAAAAAUGCA